GGCUGCAAAGGAAUCACAACAAACCAAUGUUCAUCUUGAACCAAUAUGCAUUAACGAAAGGCGGCAGAAGAAGACGAAGAGCAUCUCCCACAACCCAAUCUGGGAGAAUCAAACAUGGAGCAACCAGAUUCAAGAUCAGUAGACGAUGAAGUCAGAAAUGUCACAGAAGAUGAUGUGAUUCUAUACCCUGUAGCCACAAUCCCAAAAACGCUCUACUUAGAGUACACAGUCACUCCACAGAAAGAGAACAUGCAAAGCAAAAAGAAGGAAGAUCUGCUGUCAGAGAAGGAAAUACCAGAGAUUGUGGAUGAAGAACCUUUAAUAGCAUGCUCAGAUGUGCCAUUUGAAGGUGUGCAAUUCACAACCCCAGCAUCCAAGAAACCAAUGGCGAAACGCACUGGAUCCAGAUGGUCGUUGUUUCAAAAGGCGAAAGAAGAUCAAGAAUCAGAAGGGAUUGAAGAAAUUCAAACAAGAGAAGUUCCAAAGAAGGGGCUAAAGCGAAAGGAGAAAGCAAGGGAUGACCAGGAGGAGAGCUCAAAGAAGCAGAAAACAUCAUCUCCCUCAGCAAAACUUACAACCAGAAGUCAGAGCAACCAAAGGAAAGAUGCAAAAGCUGAAAAAUCACCCAAACCAGGGAAGUUUUCUAAACAUCUUUUCAUUUCAUCAAUUGCUAGAUCAAUCAUGUCUGAAAUUGCCAAGAAAACAAUUCUGCCACAAAGAAGCAUUGAUGUUGAGGAUUUUGAAGCGAAAACAAACUUAAUCCCUGUGCUGAAAAAAUGCAAUUUGCUCAAAUCAAUCACUCUGCCUGGUUCUUAUGUGAGAAAAGUCAUUCAAGAGUUUUACUGGAGGGUUGCAACAUCUACACUGACCCUUCAUACCACAAAGUGUUUAGUUGCCGCAUAUCACUGGCUCCCUACUACCCAUAUGAACACGGUUCCACUCUGCAUAGCCACACUCAUUUACAAAAUCAAGCAUGAGAUACCUGUUAAUCUUGGGAAAAUCAUCUUUGAUCAGAUCAUGAGCUUUGCACCUGAAAGGGCCAAACAGAAUUCUAAUGGGCUUCCUUAUCAUCUUCUUAUUUUUCAAAUGCUUAAAUCUCAGAAACUUGUAGUUGCAGAUGAAGAAGAACCUGCUCCUCCUUUCAUCCAGGUUGAUUUAAGGCACUUUGAAGGAAAACACUACAAUGACAUGGCAACAAGGGAGGAACAGAAGACAGCUCUAGCAGUUCUUCAGUCAGACUUCUCCAAAACAGCUUUCAUCAAAGGAGAAAUUCAGCUGCUGCAAGAGAAAAUUGAAGAAUACAAGAAGCUGAUCAAAGAAGCUGAAAUCAAAAAGAAAAAAUGGGCCAUUAUCCUGUCAUCUCUGGACACCACUCCAGAUGAAGCUGAUAAAUCUCAGGGGGAGAAGACCAAGCAAGAUGGACCAGAUGAUGCUGCAACAUAGGGGGAGCAAAGUGAAGAUGAUGAAGCCACUGAGGAAGGAGAGGAAAGCUCAGAUGCAGAGGAUGAUAACCUAGCAAAUGAAGAGUCAGAUUUUGA